AGUCUCCGCGCUUCUAGGGGAAGUAAUAUGGCUGACAUCAUGCGCUGAACAGCAACGGCUUCAUGGGAGAAGCAAGAUGGCCGCCGCACACGUUCUGCUGCAGACGCAGUGUCCGGGAGUAGUAAUAUGGCCGUCAAUACAAAAAAAGGCACACGGCAGAGUAACCAAUAAGCCGGCUUGUGUCCGGUAUCCAUGGAGACGGUUGCUUGGGGCUCAUUGUAAUCAAAAGUUGUGUAGAGCAGCAGAGGGCCGGAGUCUCCAUUUACAUUACACACGGGAAACCAGACAAGGCGGCCAUGCCGAGCACGGUGACCCUCGACGCCGUGAAGCCCCCGAUACACGAGCAGAUCGCAGAGCUUCAGAAGAAGAUCCAGCUUCUGGAUGGUGAUCAAAAGGCCUACCGGGAGAGCGCAUCAUGGACCAUCCAGAAGAACGGGGAGACGAUUCAGUGGCUGCGUCAGGAGAACAAGAAAUUGCAUCAAAAAUUAGCUGAUGUGCUUGCGGGCGAUGAGAAGGUGAUAAAGGAGGCUUUCCAGAGUCGAGCGGUGGAGAGAGCUGCCAUGAGGAGUAAGAGUGGCCAGGCUGCAAUUCAGGUGAUGGACCAGAAGUUGUGCGACAAGGUGAAGCGUCUGAAUGCUUUGCGCCACCAGACAGAGGUGAGGAGGAAGCGUCUUGAAGAGCUCCAGGCGGAGUACAAGCAGAGAGAACUUGUGGAGCAAGGCAAGCCGAGGAAAGAAGGGUCUAUAGAGGAGGAACAGAAUGAAGUCAAAGAACAGGAGGAAAUUCCUCAUCAGUCCCUUCGAGUUUUGGAAAACCGUCUGGAAAAAGCCCAGUUAAAAUGGCAGGAAUCUGAGCACAUUUUCAACGUCUACCAGAAGCUGAAGGACCACAUGCAGGAGGAAAGCCUGACCUUUCAAUCUCAGCUGGAUCUCUUGGAAGCUGAGAUCCUUCGGCAGAGACAGGAGUUGAAGGAGCUUCAGACGAUGAACAGGGACGCCGUGAUGGCUCGGGACACGGCACGGGCGGAACUUCAGCGUCAGGAGGAAGAGCUUCAACGGGAGCGUCGAGAACGGGAGAGGGUCCUGCAAGAGUACAAGAGGCAGGCGGAGGAGAGACGCAUGCACGCCGAGAGGGCAGAGAGGAGGGCACAAAGGGUGGUGUUGCCAGGAGAAGAUGCUCCGGUAGAAGCUCAGAUGAUCUCAAACGGACGAGAGGAAGAGAAAGUUAUCCAGACUUAUCAGGAGGCCUUUCAGAGGAUUAAAGAUGCCACUGGGGUUACUGACAUUCAGGAGGUGGUGAGCCGCUUCAUAGCGCAGGGCGAGACACACCGGCACCUGGAGGAGCUGAAGGCUGAAAACGAGAAGAACCUGGUGAGGCUGAAAGAGGAGAAGGAGAGGCUUCAGGAGGCUUUUCAGGAACUCAAGUAUUCUGGAGAGGCCAAGCUAUCCAGCGGUCAGCAAGUUCUGGAGGAACUUCAGAAUCACCUACAGAUGGAAGAGAAAAGACGUGACAAGACGAAGGAAGAUCUGGAGAGACUGUCCAAAAUCUUUGGCGCGGCAAAAUCAGGAGUGGAGCAUCUAGGAAGCAAAGUGCAGCACAUCAAGGUGCGUAGGAGCCGUUACCCUGCUUCGAAUAUCUCGCCCCUGUCGGAUGAGUAUGUUUUAGACCUUCUGUCCGUCACCGAGGAGAGGCUGCAGAAGCUCCUGGAUGACUUGGAGGGACAGGACCUUGGAGAAGUCCUUAAGCAGAUGGAGGAGGAGGAGUUCCAAGCGAGUAUUGAGGGUAAACUCCCGGCGUACAAUGUCCGGAUCCCGCUGCCGGCUCCAGCCAAACAGGAUAUAUAUGGAGACGACGAGGACAGCGGCGAUGAUGAAGGGGAUGUCGUGACUCGCGCCGCAUUAAAGAGGCAGUCCCAGCAAAUCGUAGAAUCAAAAACUAAGAGGAGAACCCGUCCCAAGAAGAAGAAGGGGAAGCAGUGAAGGCGAAGCCGAUCCCUACUCAGCGGCACCCAUCGAAUGGCACCGCUUAGGGCGCUUUCGCCU